AUGUGUCGCGGGAUGAAAUAUCGCAGCGUUAUUUGUUUAUAUGAGCAUCUUUUUAUUUGUUUGUACUUGGAUGUUUAUGUGUUUACGCUUUAUCUUUUGGUCUUAAAUAGCAGACGUUCGUGUAGUUGUGUGCAUGUCAUUUGUAUUUGUGUUGGCCACAGCCAGGAGGUCCAUUUGUAAAGACUAUAUCACAGUGUGUUUUUCAGAGCAGCCGUUGACCACCCUGCACUCCACACAUCCCAGCAGUAAGGCCUCUGGCUCAACAGAUGCCUCUCUUUGAAAUAUUAGGCAAGGUAAGACAGACAUCCUGCAUGGAGGAAAUGAGGAAAGAAUUAAACACAGCAAGGAAAAGGAUGAGUAAAAAGAAAGAAUAAAUCAGUAGACUCAGUGUGUGUGGAUGAGGCUGUGAGAGGGUGAGUGUAUCAGGAUGACGAUGAAAGGCUUGUCCUCCAGCCGCAGCCACCACCACACACUCACACACUGCGACCCGUCCUACGAGUCUUUGACCCUCCGCCACGACCGACGGCCUUAUGUCCUUAACCAGACCCACCCGACUGACCACAGUUUCUACGGGUGCCAGUCCGAUCUGGCCAGCAGUACAUUUCCACGUCGACAUCACGGCUCGCAUCACGAACUGAAGGAUGAAUGCGCCAUAGUGCCCUAUGUGGGACCGGGGGGCAUAGCCGGGGGAACUGGGGGCUGCGGCCCAUGCAGCUCAGCUGGCAUCCCAUCGUCCCUGCUGGAGAAGUUUGACCAGCAGCAACCAGUGAGGAAAGAUGGGUAUCACACGUUGCAAUACAAACGGACGGCAGCGCUGGAGCACCAGCGCAGUGACAGUCCUGGGCGUAUACGCCACCUUGUACACUCUGUCCAAAAACUGUUCACCAAGUCUCAUUCCCUGGAAGGUCCUAGCCAACGCAGCCUCAAUGGAAACGAUCCCGCAAUCCCAGCUGAUGCAAUGGCUACGGCUACAUCCCAUCCGAACGUUUCCACCACAACUGUAGGCACCCUACACAAGUCGUCCAGCAACAAGAGGGGGAAGAACAAGGAACGCAGUCGCUCCGAGCCCAAACCUCGCGCACGAACGCCGGGGUCGGGUUACUGGAGCUCGGACGACACUCUAGACAGAGAGAUCUGUCUCUACCACCAGCAUCAACCUUCUGGAGUCAUGACCAUGGGCCGGCAUCCGGACAAAUCCCAGUCCCACUACUUCUUGGGGCACAGCUACAACACACUAGGUGGGGGACAUUCGUCCCUCAAGACCUCACGCAGCAACAAUGACGUUGGAAGUUGCUCCACUUGCUCCAACCCCACAGGAGGCGCUUUAACUUUCGGUGGCCCGCCAUCAGUGGAUCAGGCUGGGCCGCUUGUCAAGAAGAGCUCCUGGUCAAGCACGCUAACGGUGAGCAGGGCACGAGAGGUGUACCAGAAGGCCACUGUCAAUAUCGAUAAAGCUCUAGUCAAAGCACAGACCUGCCAGCAGGGACGAACCUGCCAAUUCUUACAGGUUCCUCAGGAUGAGUGGGGUGGCUUCUCGUCUGUGGGUCAGGAUGACGAGAUCCCGUGCAGGAGGAUGAGGAGUGGCAGCUACAUCAAGGCUAUGGCGGAGGAGGACAGCGGAGACUCGGACUGCAGCCCUAAACCAUCACCCAAAGUCCAGGCCCGGAGAGCCAGCUACCUGAAAGCCACCCAGCCCUCCCUCACCGAGAUGACCACACUCAAGAUCAGCACGGAGUCCCAUUCCCCCAAGCUGCAGAUCCGGAGUCACAGUUACCUGCGAGCGGUGAGUGAGGUUUCAAUCAACCGCAGUUUGGACAGUCUGGACCCGGCCGGUCUGCUGGCCUCGCCCAAAUUUCGCUCCCGAAACGAAAGCUACAUGAGGGCCAUGAGCACCAUCAGCCAGGUGAGUGAAGUGGAAGUGAACGGGCAGAUCGAGGCCGUGUGUGAGAGUGUGUUCAGUGAGAUGGAGUCUAAGGCCGUGGAUGCUCUGGAUCUGCCAGGGUCCGGAUGCUUCCGCAUGAGGAGCCACAGUUACGUGCGGGCCAUCGAAAAGGGCUGCUCGCAGGAGGAAGAAGAGGAAAGAGCGACACGUCAGGCCAUCUCACCACCUCGAACUACAACUACUGUAAGAACCAUCCAGAGCAGUACAGUAUCAUCAUGUAUAACCACCUACAAGAAAACUCCGCCCCCAGUCCCGCCCAGGUCAACACCCACCAGACCAUACAUCUCUAUAACAGCCCAGAGCAGCACAGAAUCAGCACAAGAUGCCUACAAUGAGCUCACCGGUGCUGGUCCUACUAACCGGGCCUUAGCAGCGGUCCAGUCGGGCCUCAGCAACUCCACAGAGAGCAUCGAUAGCAUGAAGGCCCUGACAGCAGCCAUCGAGGCAGCGAACGCUCAAGUCCACGGCCCAGCCAGCCAGCAUGUGACCAACAGCACCAUUACCAUCGCCACCGCCACCAGUAGCGUAACACACAUCUCACAGGACGCUAAGAGAGAUGCCCUCAGGAAGUGCCUGUCCAUAGGGAUACAGGUGGACGGUCCUGAAGAAACCAACCAAUCAGAAGUGCACUGCAAGUUUCAGUCGGUCGGCAUUCAAGUAGAGGAGGAGAGAUGCUACCGCAGAGUUACACGCUCCAACAGCGUCACCACUGCCGUUCAAGCUGAUCUUGACCUUCUGGAGGGUCUCGCCGAUGACCAGUUCACACAAACCCACCAGGGGCCCAUUGUCCGCCAGCCGUCCCGAGAUGCGGCCACUUCCACUGUCAGCAUCCAGGGCUCUGGGAACCACUACCAUGCCUGUGUCCAAGAUGACUACACCGACGUGGGCUUCGACCCCUCCAUUCUGCCUCCUCCAGACCCCUGGAUGGAUGGAGCCAUGGAGGAGGACUAUGCGAGUGGGGUGUCAGGGUCUGUGUGUCCGCAGGACGGACGCUGGUUUCUGAAACUGCUGCAAGCAGAGGUGGAGAGGAUGGAGGGGUGGUGCAGACAGAUGGAGCAGGAUGAGAGAGAGAAUGAGCUCCCAGAGGACAUUCUCGGCAAGAUUCGUAGUGCGGUGGGCAGCGCUCAGUUGCUGAUGUCGCAGAAAUUUCAGCAAUUCCGGGAGCUCUGUGAAGAAAACUUGAAUCCCAAUGCCCACCCACGGCCCGUGUCUCAAGAUCUGGCAGGAUUCUGGGAUAUGCUGCAGCUGUCCAUUGAGAACAUCAGCCUGAAGUUUGAUGAGCUGCACCAGCUGAAAGCGAACAACUGGAAAGCACUGGAGCCUCCUGAGAGAAAGGAGAGGCGUGUGCCUCCUCCGGUGCCCAGGAAGCCAGGGAAAGGUCCCGUGCUGCUGGUGAGAGACCGGUCUCUGGAGGGCUCCCAGCGGUUGGAGGCUCGUAAGCGGCUGUUAGCAGCCAAACGCGCUGCCGCCUCUCAGCGCCAGAGCUCUGCCACAGAAUGCGCCGACAGCAUCGAAAUAUACAUCCCAGAAGCCCAAACACGAUUAUAAACACUGAAAUCCGGGUGCUCAGAAGCCUAUAUAGACACACACACACACGUCUUCAACCAUAAUACAAUAGCACUGAAUGACAAAGGCAGGGUAGCUGUAACAUAAUCACUCCUCUUUUCUUGUGUAAAAGAGAGUUUCUUCACUGUGGGCUUCUACUCUAUGUAUUUAUGACUUAAUUUUACUCUCUUCCUCCAUCCUGCCAUUUGCAAUGUAGCUCCCUUGUUAAACUCCCAAAGACUUUUAAUAUUUCUAUUAGACACUCUAUAUUUAAUUGUUAAAAUAACCAAUAAUAUAUAUACAUUCAUGCCUAAAAUACAAGGUAUUAUUAUGUCUGUUGAUAUUACUACCCAAAUAAUGCACAUUAAUGAAUUUUACUAUUUUAUUUGUAGUUUUUUGCAGUUAGUGUAAGAGCCAUAUGUCUUGUGUUCUCACAGAGGACAUAACUUCUAAAAGGGCAACAUACCGAUCACUUCUGAAGAUUUUAACGCCAAUGUAGCCACAAAUUUAGUGUGUGUAUGUAAAUGUACAUGUCAGGAUUUUAGUACAUCUACUACACUCUCUCACAUGUCACCCUGCACCUCUGAGACAGGGCGAGGUUGUUCUGUUUUCAGUAUCAGGGGAUAGAAUGGAAAAACCACCUCUUCUCUUCUUUCUUCUCAUAUUUUUCAACCUCCCACUCGGUCAUCCUCUCCCGUCCUCUCAAACCAUCCUAUCUCCUUUCCUGUCUGCUCACUGUCUCACCUCAGCAGUGCCACUUACCUGUUUGACUGACAUAGAUGUCAGUUGUAUCUAUCCAAUGUGACACAUUUAUCUGUCACAGCUUAACAUGUGCACGUCAUUGACAGAAGUUCUGUCAGAACACGCCACUCUUCAAGGCUCUGAUUCAUUAACCAUUCAUAAAUUAGCAAUGUGUCACGUUAUGAAACAUUACAUACGGGCAGUCAGGGAUUUCAUUCAGCAUUAAGCCCUGUUCACACUGACAGCGAUGAAGUGAGGCAAAGUCUUAUUUUCAAAGAUUUCUGCCGAUUUCUGGUGACAUGAACAAGGUGGUGCGAUGUGACCAUAUCCAAUGAAUUGCCACUUUAUUUUUAUUGUUUUGGUUGCAACUAGGUCACAAUUGUAGCUUUAUGGAUUGUGAAUUUUUAUUUCAUAAUUGUAAUUGUUGGAACUUUUGUAAUUGCUAUUUCUUAUGUCUUUACUAUUUCUCGCAAUUGCGUUUUCAUAUCUCACAAUCACACAGUGUAUCACAUAGGGCUGUCGACCAAUUAAUCACAAUUAAUCGCAUCCAAAAUAAGCUUGUUUUUGCAUAAUAUAUGUGCGUGCACUGUUUAUAUGUAUUAUGUGUAUACAAAUACACAUAUAUAUUUAAAAAUAUUUGGUGUAUAUAUAUUUUUAAUAUGUAUAUUUAUAUUCAUAUAUAAUUUAUAUUAUAUUUAUUAUAAAUAAAUAUAGCAUAUGUUUUCUAAAUAAAUAUAUAUAUAUACAUAUAUUAAUCAAUUUGACAGCCCUGUGCUGCAUAUCACAAGAGAUUUUAUAUAUCUUAAUUGUGACUUUCCUUCAUGUAAUUGCAAUUUUAGGUAAUAAUUGUGAUUUUAUAUUAUAUUUGUGACUUUAUUUUUUCGCAAUUAUGUUCUUUAAAUCUCAAAAUCACAACAUUAAUAUAUCACAGUUGUGACUUUAUAUAAUUGUGACUUUAUGUAAUUGUGAUUUUACACGUUAAGGGCUGUCAAACGAUUAAUCGCGUCCAAAAUAAGUGUUUGUUUUUGCAUAAUAUAUGUGUGUCCACUGUUUAUAUGUAUUGUGUAUAUAUAAAUACACAUACACAUAUAUAUUAAAAAUAUUUAUGUGUGUGUAUAUAUAUAUAUAUUAAUAUUUAUAAAUAAUUUACAUUAUAUUUAUUAUAAAUAAAUAUAGCAUAUGUUUCCUAAAUAUAUACGUGAAUGUUUGUAAGUAUAUAUACAUAAUAAAUCUACACAGUUCUCACAUAAAUACAAACUUUUAUUUUGGAUGCAGUUAAUCGUUUUGACAGCCCUGUGACCACGUAUUACAAGAGAUUUUAUUUAUCUUAAUUGUGACUUUGCUUCAUGUAAUUGAAAUUUUAGGUAAUAAUUAUGAAUUUAUAUUAUAUUUGUAACUUUAUUUUUCGCGAUUACGUUCUUUGUAUAUCAAAGCCGCAUUAUUAAUAUGUCACAAUCGUGACAUGUUAAUUGCAACUUUUUAUCAAAAUCGUGACUAUUUCUCUCACAGUCGCACAAUAUAUCACAUAGGGCUUUCAAACUAUUAAUCACGAUUAAUCUCACCCAAAAUAAGUAUAUAAUAUAAAAUGAAGUAUAAAUAUAGCAUAUUUUUCCUAAAUAGGUACAUGCAUGUGUGUGAGUAUAUAUACAUAAUAAAUAUACACAGUACACAAAUAAACACACAGGACUGUCAAACGAUUAAUCGCAAUUAAUCGCAUCCAAAAUAAGUUUGUUUUUGCAUAAUAUAUGUGUGUGUACUGUGUAUAUUUGUUAUGUAUAUAUAAAUACACACAUACAUGUAUAUUAUAUAUAUAUAUAUAUAUAUAUAUAUAUAUAACUUAUAUUACAUAAAUAUAAAUAUUUUGUAUAUAAAUAUAGUAUAUUUUUCCUAAACAUAUACGUGUUUUUUAUUUCUCUUAAUUGUGACCAUGUAAUUGCAAGUUUAUAUUAUAAACAUUAUUUGAACUUUAUUUCUCACAACUUUAUUUCUCACAUUGUGACUUUCCAUUAUAUUAUCUUAUUAUUUUAACUUUGUUACAGCUUAGUUAACGUAACAGCAGCUCCUCCAGCAAUAAAAUCGCUGUCAGUGUGAAUGGGCCGCGACAGGACAGGACAUUUUUUUUAAUUCUAUGGCAUUAAUUAGCUCCGCCCACUGUGAAAUCUCAUAGGUCCAUUCUGGUCUAUACAUUAACUAAACAUUAAACAUUUGACUGGCUGUGAUUGUGUCAUGUCACUCUGCAGUUUCUUGUUUAGUAUGGACAAAUUAUCUUGGCAGUAAACACAUCGUCGUGCCCCGUCAGGACAUCUUGUUGAACUUGGCAUAAGGUUCUUUUUAAAAAUGCACAUUAUUUAGCAUAUUUUGUAAAUACAUAAAUGAUGAAUUAUAAAACGCCUUCCUGACUGCUUACUAAUAUAGCUCCUCACUAUAUUUGUCUAAAUGUUUGUAUAAAUGGAUAUAAAGUAAAAUAUCAGUAUUUUAUAAUGGAGUUGUAGAGAUAUUUAAAAGAGACAUAUUUAAACUUGCGGACCAUAAUUUCCCUCUUUACCUUUGCUUUUGACUUUCAACAACGCUUAAAGUAUCAUUUUAAAUAAAACUGUAAUCUCACAGCUCGAGAAAUGUAAUACAUACACAUUUUAAUGAGCAGUUUAUUCAUUAUAUUUAUAAUCACAAGUUAGCAUGAUAGUCUUUAUCCUCAGCCAAGUCAGUCAAGUGUGUUUUUUUUUCCACAUCAAGUGCAUGUACCCAAGUGCUUCCUAAUUUUCCUAAAGGCAUCUCUCUCUUUUUUUUUUAAACCGAUAUGUAGCACAGUUGAUACUUUGUAAUAUAGAUCAGCUACUUUCUUUUGUUUUUGUUUAUACUAAGAUGUACAUACUUUCAGCAACCCUGCGGAGACAGUGCAAGUAGACACAGAGCACAUACCAUCAGUUUAUCAUUUUUCUAUUUUAGGAAACUUUAACCAUUGAAUCACACUCUUGUGCUGCUUGUGUAAUUGAUUUGUAAACAUCGCUGCAUCAUAGUUGCACUGACAGGUUACUCAAUGCUAGUCAAAACCUAACUGCACUGUCUCAUAUUUUUCAAUAACUGAUAAUACUAAUUUGCACUUGUUAAAUAUGUUAAAUAAACAGAGCUAUUUCUUUUUUCUUUCUCAGAAUACUUCACUGUGGAUAGACACGUCACUAUAAAUAUAUACUGAUAUUAAUUUCCCAGCAGCCAAUGUGCAGCCAUUCUCUAUUUUCAUAGACAGUUCAGUUGCAUUGGCUUUAGUUUGAUCCUGGUGGUGUUUAUCUUAUUAACAAACUCUUAGUUCCAGUUAUUAUGCACUAGAGCCCUUCUACUGUGGUUAAUGUUUGUUUGAAAUAUUAUUGAUGUUUAAACGCUCGGCCUUAAUUUAUGAAUAUAUGAUAGUCAUGCACAACGUAGCCUCAGGGGAGACUAUAUAACAUGUGUAUGAAUGUGUGUGUGUAUCUGUGUGUGUGUGUGUGUGUGUGUGUGUGUGUUUGUGUAUGUCAUGAAGGGGACUUAUACUGGAAAUGGUACAAGCAUUCAAUAUUGACGACAAAACACCCAUUCAUAUUGAUAUUUCUAUAUCAAUGUGUUCUAUAGUAUUUCAUGGCAUUUACAGUCUAAAUUUACACCAAAAUUAUAAACAAUUUUGUUUUGGACAAUCAGUGAGUAACAUAAAGGACAUCCAUGUCAUUUUAUUUGAGAAUGAUACUGAAAUAUUUAAUAUUGAUUACAUUUCACUUUUAGUAUUUAAAGAGAUAUUUAUGAGACAUUAGAGAAAUAUUUUGUGAGACUAUAUAGCACUAAAGUUUUUGCCGAAAGUGAUCACGAUCUCAUUUUCUUAACUGUUGUCACUCACUGAUGUGAAAAUAUCAGUUUCUAUCUGGCAACGUAAUAAGUCCUGACUUUUUAGGGUUUUAUCUCCCAAAAUAGAAGAUUAGACUGUGUAUUAUUGCCAAAAUGUGGACUGUGCACCCACCACAAUGUUUUGGGAAAUGAAGGCAGGAUAUUAUGUAUUUACUGUUCUUGUAAAAGCAUAAACUUUAUCAAAAUGACUGUGUGUAAAAGCAUAAACUUUAUCAACAUGACUGUGUGUAAAUACAUGAAUGUUCUUCAUUGUAAAUGUAACCUACAUCUAAGAAUAUCUUACUACUUACAUUUUGUAUUUAUUGUAACAACACUGUUGAUGUUAUGGCACGUGUAUGAAAUUUUGAUCAUUAAAACAGUACAGAUGCUCACA